ACUAUUAUCUAACUUUGCAUUUCAAGUUCAUUUAGAGAUGGAUUCAAUUUCAGUUCGCUUCUUCAUCAUAGGUUUACUGCUUUUGGCUGUAUCAGCACUCUCUGGAUCAAGUGCUGAAGUCUAUCGUGUAGGGGAUUCCAUAGGAUGGACAAACCAGAUUCCCAAUGUCAAGUACUACACUCGCUGGGCUGCUAGCAGGACAUUUUAUGUUGGUGACUACAUAGUUUUCGAUUUCGACGCAAGACUGAAUAAUCUGGUCGAAGUCAAUCUUACCAGUUUUAGAAACUGUGAUGGGUCGUCGGCUAUGAAUGUUUACGACACCUCUGGAAGUGUCAUUAUUCCUCUUACCGCUGUCAGUCACCUUUUCUUUAUAUCCAGUUUCCACUGCUGCUGUGGACAGAAAGUAGAUAUCAGGGUUCUUAGUGUACCAGCAAAUCCUCCACCUCCCAAAUCUCCAACCCAGCCCAAACCAAGACGAGAGGAAAAGCACGGCGAAGAGAAUAAAGACGACCACACCGUUAAGACGGCCCCCGGUUUCAUCAUAGCUUGUUCGGUUGUCUUCGCAGUCAUUGUUGGGUCUAUAUUUCUGGCUUUCAUAAUGUACCGGAUCCGCAGGGGUGAUCCGAUUCCCCCGAUCCCAUAUUCAGUUGCACCUUUAACAUCUGCAGUCAGAGUCAGGAUAGUUAAUGUUGCAGGCUAAUGUUGGUCAGGGUUUAAUGUUUUUAUUUAAUGGCCAAUGCUAUUCAUGGCUAAUGUUAGUACCCGUUGUUUAAAUAAUAAUAAUGCAAUCUAAUUUAAU